AUGGCGCUUCUGCCCCCGAGGGUGUCUGCCCGCCAGAUCCCUCUUACGUCUCCGAUACACGACCAGCAGAACCUCGACUUCUCGUCCACUGCCCCCCACAUCUUUUCCUCUGUGCGAUAUCUGUUAGAGCAGUGGCCCAACACAUACAUUCCCAACGGCCACUCGAUCGUGCCCUGCGAAGUUCCCGCCUUUACGAAUCUCUAUCAUGGGAGACGCGAUGAGAAGCUCCCCUCGAGCCCAGAGUGGGUUGCGUUUGAUGCGGAAAUGUCUUACGGCAUUAUGGGUUCCAGCCGAAAUUCACAUUUGCUGACGUAUCAGAACGUGCGGCCGGCACGUUGUCUUUAUUUCGACGGCAUGUCCGCUGCGCUGAUGGGGACGGGCCCGCUCGAUUCCCAGAUGGUGUUCCUGUGUGGGAAUACGACAUGCUCUCUGGGGAGUGGUGAUCCGUGGCGCAGCCUCUUUGACGAGUAUUCUCGGGCCACCGCACUGUGUGAUUGGGUCCAAAAGAACGAACUGGGCGGUUUGGGCUGGGGGAUUGAGGGAAUCGUCAGGAUGAAUGCGGGUUUCGAGAUGAUUUGGUGCAACUUCACGAGCCCGACCUUGAGACUGAUCAGCCAUGUCAACGUUUCUGUGCCAUUACUACCAGAAGAGUUCCGAGACGACGGACCGGUAGAUGAAAUGGCACCGAUGGAAGGACCUCCCACGAGUAGUUUGACGUUUGCUGAAAUGCUGGCCUCGCGAACAAGACUCACAUCAAAUUCCACCAGCGGCCCAGCCUCAGAAGCUCCAACGGGGGAGCCUGACAUGCCUCUUCCUCCUAAUUGGCGAAGCAAAGCCGAGCUGGAACCAUUCCUGCAAUCUCAGAGCUUUGAAUGGUACCGGAGCGCGACCUGGCAUAUGGGCAGCUCAGGCUCAUCUGUGGGCCGACCCGAAGGCCGAGUCAGGCCAAAGUCCUGUGGAUUUCUCAGCUACUAUGAUUCAAUGCUCAAAGAAUUCUCUUCCGCCUUCGCAGACGAAGAAAAGGCCCGUCUGAAUCUCACGGCAGACGGAGGCUGGAAGGGCCCAGGCAGAGAUGGCAACCAAAGUCUUGCUUUGAAGGAACUCUCAACGCGCCGCCGCUCUCACAAUCUCUCCCAGAUCACGAACUACGAAGCCAGCAUCAUGAGCGAUGCCGUCCUGCACACGCUCCGCUCUCUCAAUCACUCGUCCUCUUCUUGCACGGGCAUCGACUGGACUCAAAAGGCAACGGACAUAACCUCCCGCUUCUCCCAUCCCUUAACCCAAGUCCUCCAUCUCCUUACAUCUCCACCAACCGACACAACCAACACCACACUCACAAGGGACUACAUCGCCUCGCUCCGCUCCAAAUUUCACGCCAUGCUCAUGCCCUACAUGACCUACCCGCUGAUCGCCUCCUCUCUCCCAGCAAUCCACGCCCACUGUACAACAAGCCAAACAGCUGUCCUGCACGAGCUCCGCCCCAGUCUUCUCCCAACGGAACAGUCCCUCCUCGACACCUUCGAAACCGUCCUCUCAGCUAUUUGCAACACAACCCUCUCACUAGCCUUCUCCGUCGAACAGACCUGGCAAAAUUACUACCAGCACAACAACAGCAACGGCUCAACCUCGAUGUUUCCCACCGUGCCCUACUCGGUCCUGCACACCCUCGUCGCGCACCACAGCGCUUCCAUCUCCCUCCUCCGCGCGUGGCUCGGCUGGUUCCCUGACGAGAUGCAGUGCGACCGAGUCUGCGGUGUCGACGAGUUCUGCUUCGUCCCCAUCUGGCCGCUCUUGUACCUUGAGCCGAGAGGUGGGCGGCUUGGCGGUAGAAGGCCGCCUCACCGACCGCCCGGACGAGGAGGAGGGCAACAACCUCCACCCGGGAGAGGACCACCUCGGGAGGGAAACCCUUGGGGAGACUUGGAGAGUAAGCUGUGGAAGCCUCGGUGUUUAAAGGUUUUGGAUUAG